UUGUUGGCCUGCGUGCGGCCAGUGGCGCCGCGUCCAAUCCAACACAGCGGCAGCGCGUGUGCUGUCCCUUCUCGUCUCCGUUUAGUCUGUCCGCGCGCGCACUCCGAGUGCCGGAGGAAAAGUGGUGGGAACCCGUAUGCUGGUCCGGCCGACACGUGCCCACUCGCCCACACGGCUCAACGUUACAAAAGGGAGGGAGUGGCAAACGACCGGAACGCGCGCGCACAACACGGUCACUAGCAUCGAUCGCUCUGCCUUUUCACUUUUUCAGCCAUGCUCUCCACGGCCCGCGCGGUGACCUCGCCCGCCGCGUGCGCUGCCCAGCACCAGCAGCAUGGCGGGAGCCGGUUCGUCGUGUUCCUGGCCGGCGAUGACGGGAGGGGAGCUGCCGGUUCCAGCAGCGUGCGUGCGCCGAGGCCGCGCUCUGUGGCAGCGCGUGCCGCCGGCUCGUCCAACCACGCUGUCUGCCUCGAGGCGGCCGCGCCGUGGAGCAUGGACUGUGUCGCGGCGCCGGCGACCGUGUCGUACGAGGAGAGCGUGCGCCAGGUCGUGCUCAAGCAGGCGGCGCUCGCGGCCUCGACCACGCCGAGGAAGGCGCGGCACGCCGGCCGUGACGCCGGCGUGCUGGACGCGGCCUUCGACCGCUGCGGCGCGGUGUGCAAGGAGUACGCCAAGACGUUCUACCUGGCCACGCAGCUGAUGACGCCGGAACGGAGGCGGGCGAUCUGGGCGAUAUACGUGUGGUGCCGGAGGACGGACGAGCUGGUGGACGGCCCGAACGCGGCGCACACGUCGGCGCUGGCGCUGGACCGCUGGGAGUCGCGCCUCGACGGCGUCUUCGCCGGCCGGCCCUACGACAUGCUCGACGCGGCGCUGGCCGACGCCGUGGCCGCCUUCCCGGCGGUCGACGAGCGGCCGUUCCGGGACAUGGUCCAGGGGAUGCGCAUGGACCUCGCCAAGUCCCGCUACGCCACCUUCGACGAGCUCUACCUCUACUGCUACCGCGUGGCCGGCACCGUGGGGCUCAUGACCGUCCCCGUCAUGGGUGUCUCCCCGGGCUCCCAGGCGGACGUGGAGACGGUGUACGCCGGCGCGCUCGCCCUCGGCGUCGCCAACCAGCUCACCAACAUCCUCAGGGACGUCGGCGAGGAUGCGAGGAGGGGAAGGAUCUACCUGCCGCAGGACGAGCUAGCCAUGGCCGGCAUCUCCGAGGCGGACAUCUUCGCCGGCCGUGUCACCGACGAGUGGAGGAGCUUCAUGAAGGGACAGAUCGCGAGGGCCAGGGCCUACUUCAAACAAGCCGAGCAAGGCGCCGCCGAGCUCAACCAGGAGAGCCGAUGGCCGGUGUGGGCAUCUCUGCUUCUGUACCGGCAGAUCCUGGACGAGAUCGAGGCCAACGGCUACGACAACUUCAGCAAGCGGGCCUAUGUUCCCAAGGCCAAGAAGCUGGCGGCGCUGCCCAAAGCUUACCUCAGGUCCCUCAUGCCUCCUCCUUCGCAGAGGCGCCGUUGAUCAGUUAGCUCUGAUCCUCUAGUGUACUACUUCCUCCGUUCCCAAAUAUAAGUCUUUCUAGAGAUUCUAACAAGUGACUACAUACAUAGAAAAAUGAGUGAAUCUACACUCUAAAAUAUGUCUAUAUACAUCCGUAUGUUGUUGUCCAUUUGAAAUGUCUAAAAAGACUUAUAUUUAGGAAUGGAGGGAGUAGUACUGUAUAUAGCAGUGAUGUACAGUACAGAUUUAAGCUAGGCCUUGUGAGUAUGUUUUUUUUUUGCAAUGUACAAAGUGUUGAAGAAAAAUUAUGUACUUGUUAGAAAA